UCGCUCAAGCCCGGCCCCUCGCCCCAGCCCGGCUCGGCGGCGCUGGCCGCUCCCGUGCCCCCCCCCCGCCCCGGCUGUUUGUCGGCGGGGGGCCGCGGCGCCAUGUCCUCCCCCAAGAACGGCUUCUACCGGCAGGAGGUCACCAAGACCCUGUGGGAAGUGCGGGACUGCUACCGGGACCUGCAGCCGGUGGGCUCCGGCGCCUACGGAGCCGUCUGCUCAGCCGUGGAUGGAAGAAGUGGUACCAAAGUGGCCAUUAAGAAGUUGUACCGCCCAUUUCAGUCUGAACUCUUUGCCAAACGCGCCUACCGAGAGCUGCGCCUCCUGAAACACAUGAAACACGAAAACGUCAUUGGAAUAUUAGAUGUGUUCACACCAGAUGUAACACUGGAGAAGUUUAAUGACUUCUACCUUGUCAUGCCAUUUAUGGGAACAGACUUGAGUAAGAUAAUGAAGCAUGAGAAACUAACUGAAGACCGAAUCCAAUUCCUGGUAUAUCAGAUGUUGAAAGGCUUAAAGUAUAUUCACUCGUCGGGCAUAAUUCACAGGGAUCUAAAGCCUGGGAACCUGGCAGUAAAUGAAGACUGUGAAUUGAAGAUUCUGGAUUUUGGAUUGGCAAGGCACACAGACAGCGAGAUGACUGGUUAUGUGGUUACGAGGUGGUACAGAGCCCCAGAGGUCAUACUCAACUGGAUGCAUUAUACGCAAACAGUUGACAUCUGGUCUGUGGGCUGUAUAAUGGCUGAGAUGAUAACAGGGAGGCCCCUGUUCAAAGGAAAUGAUCAUCUGGACCAACUCACAGAAAUAAUGAAAGUAACAGGUACACCAACUCAAGAUUUUGUUCAAAAGCUGCACAGUCAAGAUGCAAAAAACUAUAUAAAAAGCCUCCCAAAGGUCCAGAAAAAAGAUUUUUCAUCCAUCUUGAAGUAUGCAAAUCCUUUGGCUGUAAACCUUUUGGAGAAGAUGCUGGUGCUGGAUGCAGAGAAGCGAAUCACAGCAGCUGAGGCUUUGAUGCACCCUUACUUUGAACCAAUCCAUGAUCCUGAGGAAGAAAUUGAAGCUGAGAAAUAUGAUGACACAUUUGAUAACAUGGAUCUUCCGCUAGAUGAGUGGAAGCGCAUUACGUAUAAAGAGAUACUGAACUUCAAGCCACCACAGACUUUGGAGUCAAAGGAGACAGCAGUGUAAUUCUAUGACUCAGUCUUUUCAGAACUCAGAAGAAAACAAGAAAGUUGUAAAUGUUUGUGAGAUUUCAGGUGUAUAAAACUUUUAUGAAUAAACUGGAUGUAAUCUGUGUCAUCUGCACUGUAAGAAAGUGCAGUGCGCUCUGCAUGUGAAACUUGGUGCCUUUGGGAGUAGCAUUUCAAAACUAUCCAGAAACAUUCCUGCCUACAACUUCUUCUUUAUGCAUGAAAGAAUUCAGGCUGUGGUAACCCAGUUCCAUCCUCAAAAGAGCAGGUAGGACUAAUUCUUCUGCUCAAGGAUCAGAAGAGUACAAGUCACCACCCAAGCAAGCUGAGACACAGAGUAUGUCAGGGAUGUGCUGUGACUGUUCUCCAAGGCUGCUGAACUAUCCUGAAUGCAAGAAGUAUUCAUGUGACUUUGUCUGGAAUAUUUCACCUUGGUAAGGUGCCUGGGGAGGCUAGUCAGCCUCUGCUACCUCAGUGAGUGCAGCAGGUAGUGGAAACAGCCCAGAGGAAUGCCCAUGUCCCUUGUCCUGUGUGAAUGGAAGAGAACCUCAGCUCCAGCCAGUUCUGACAGAUCUGGGCAAGAAGCAGAGAAGUGUGGAUGUCCUAGGUGUUUUUCAAAGUAACCAGCAUAGCAGGACAUGACUUCACGAACACUUGGUGAGCAGUCGUUGGAUAAACAAUGGCUGUCAAGGGGCACAAUAUUUCUUUCUAAAUACAGUGCAAUCUCUUUAUAUUACAGACUAGGGAACAAGGAUUUCCAGGGAGAAAUAAAUGUUAAGACUUUCUAAAGUUUUGUAAGGUUUCCAGCUUCCUGGUAUUGAAAUGAUCACUGAGAAAGUACCUCUUUCUCAGAGGACUUGCUGGUUAUAGAUUCAGCAGUGCUGAUUUUAGAAGUAAAGCUGCAUGCAGGUCACAUCAUAGAAAAUUAAAUGAGGAUAAAAAUGCUACUCUGCAGCUGUUCAUUGGGAAUACCUGCAGCAAGUGGUUUUGUUCACAGUGUACAGAGGUGUUCCCAGGUGCAGAAUAACAACCAUUCCUGGGUUUAUGAACUCAUCUUACUUAGAAAAGCCCUCAGACCUUCUGUCGAGAAGUGCAUCACCAGGAGUCAGCUUCCUGAUGGGACAGAUUGGUUAGACACUUCAUGAGUUCCUCUUACAUUUACUAUAUUUUCCUAGGUGCUUAGUUCAUAAUAAUCUCUCAGAGGUAUGACAAUAAAUUGGUAAACCUUUGGUGAAGAAUUUCCAUGUGAGAUUGUUUGUCCUUGCUAAAGGUAAUGUCUUUACAAUUGACUAUUUGGAUGUGGAUUAUUCCCAAUACAAUAUGCCGGUGUGUGUUGCUAUUAAGUGAAACGAUUGUGAAGGAAGACGUUAGAUCCUGGGAGGUAAUAACUGGAAAAGAAGUAAGAAAUUACUUAGGGUUUUUUUGCUUUAAAAACCAACUUAAGCCAGAAGUUUUAUCAAGACACAGUUCUUUUCUUUCAGUGAAUGUUAAGUUGAACACCUGUAAAUACUAGCAUUUGUUUGCAAAUUGUUUGUGAUGAGCAUUGAUUAGCUGAGAUGGGCACUUAGACUAAAUGGUGACAGAAACCUUGAAUUAUUGAUGUAUUUGACAAGUCAUUAAAAACAGAGUUUCAGGAAUGCAUAAAACAAAAAGCAGAGAAUGUAAUUUGAAACAGAACAUUUUUCUACACUACAGGACACUGAGGAAGGCACACUGAAGAGUCAUACCCCAUUCUGCAGUAUUGACUUCAUGCUUGGACUACACUUCUGUGUUAAAUAGGAACUUUAGUGUUUUACAGAACAGAUGUUUUCUCUUAGAUUCAUACUCUCUGGUAGUCUUAAUAAGUCAUGGGAGAAAAGUGCCUAUUGGUGUUGGUAGGCUUGAUUUAGCCACUCAAUGGGAAAUUAAAAUUGUCAAAAACUUCUCUGAAAAUGCUCCUUCUGUAUUUUAAAUGGAACUUCACCAUGCUAAAUUCUAGCAAAUAUCUGCAGAGAUAAUGCAGAUGACUGAAAUGUUAGUGAGACUUCAAGGAAGCGUUAUUUUUCAUUGAAAUCUGCUUUGCUUUUUCUUCAUAAAUGCCAACACUUCAAUGGGUAUUUUCACUUCCUCUGCCUUUAGUUUUAAUGAAGUCAAGCCCUAAGACUUUCUUUUGGCUGAGGUGAGCUUUUCCCUCUCCCAGUAUUGGAGCAGCAGCUAGCCCUCAGGAGGAAGACAUAACAAGAUAAUGUUAGUUUUUCUAGAUAACUGGAGGAAUACAGAACUCAAAACAACUGAAGAGAAGACCUUAGCACAUGUGUCAGCCAAGACAGCAGUACUGCUGUGCUGUCUCAUCAGCAAGCAGUCCGUAAGGUAGGAUAACGAAGAUGGAAACUUUGUCACAUCUUGGCAAGCUGUUUCUUUGAAGAGGCUGAAGUCUGCAGAAACAGGUCCAAAUAACAAUAGCAAUUAUCGGUAUAAAUAGCUCAUUAAAAGAAAAUGUGAGGUGAAAGCAGAAAUAUUUUGCAUGGGAGGCAGCUGCUGCUUCAAAAGGAGAGACAAUGUUUCCUACUUUUUUUGCUAUUUCUACAGGUGCUAAACAACUCAGGAAUAAGAACCCAAUUUCUGUUUGCCUUAGAGAAAUGUAAAUACCUUUUGCAUGUACUUGAAAUGUACUGUGACAAAUAAAGGUUGAGGGGUUGCUUUUUA